CGUCACAGCUGCUGUGUUUUUCAUUGUCCACAUACCAUGCUGCUAAAAGGAGACCUGCCUUGUUCCUUGUAGUAAACUCGAACUACAAAUGGACCGCAGUUUGAAGCGCCGGCAGGUGAAGCCCCUCGCCGCCUCCCUCUUAGAUGCCUUGGAUUACGACAGCUCAGAUGACAGUGACUUUGAAGUGGGAGAUGCUUCAGGAUCGGACGGCACCGGCAACAACACAGACGAGGAAGGGUCUAAGGCAAGCGCUGCGGGUUCAGGAAGCGACUCGGACAACGGCGCUGGUUCUGCAGACGACGGCAUAGACGAAGAGGAGGCCAAAGACCUGGCUGCUGAGGACAACCUGACAGAAGAUGAGGAGAAGACCAAACAGCAGGCAUCCUCGGACAGCUCCACCAAAGACACCCCCGCCGUUACCCCUCCCAAAGGCCGACGCAAGAGCAAGAAGACAUCGGAGCCUGAGACCGCUGCAGGGGCCGGCACUGAAUCUACCUUGACGUCCGGGUCCGGCAGCGUGAACAUGGAGGAGUCCCAGGCAGAGCCCAAAAAAUGGAAUUUCCGCAGGAACCGCCCCUUGCUGGACUUCACUACCAUGGAGGAACUGAACGAGAUGGACGACUACGACAGCGAGGACGACAACGACUGGAGACCCGCGGCAGGGAAGAAGAAAGGCAAAGCAGCCUCUCAGAAAGGUGGGGCGGAGGGGGAGGACGGGGGCAGCGCUAGUGAGGAUGACGACGACGAUAACGACGACGACGACGACGAUGAAGACGAUGAGGACGAUGAAGACGAUGAGAAGGACGACGGUGAUGACAACAACAACAACAACAAUAACAACAACAACAACAGUACCAGUGACAGUGACAAAGAAUUGAAGAAGCCCAAGAAGAAGACUAAGAGCACCAAUGCUUUUGAUGAAGAGCUGACUAACGACAGCAUGUCCCAGGGAAAGGGCAAUGAGGAUGCCUUGCUGGACCGGUCCCAAACCUGGAGCACUCAGCACAUCCUCAUCUGCUGCGUCUGUCUGGGGGACAACAGCGAGGAUGCAGAUGAGAUCAUCCAGUGUGACAACUGUGGGGUGACUGUGCACGAAGGAUGUUACGGUGUGGACGGCGAAAGCGACUCGAUCAUGAGCUCUGCCUCAGAGAAUUCGACAGAGCCUUGGUUCUGUGACGCCUGCAAGAACGGGGUGACCCCCAGCUGUGAGCUGUGCCCCAACCAGGACGGCAUCUUCAAAGAGACGGACGCCGGGAGAUGGGUGCAUGUGGUCUGUGCACUUUACGUUCCCGGCGUAGCAUUUGGAGACAUCGAUAAAUUACGACCAGUGACGCUCACAGAGAUGAAUUAUUCAAAAUACGGGGCCAAGGAGUGCAGUUUCUGUGAGGACGCCCGCUUUGCCCGGACCGGUGUGUGCAUCAGCUGUGACGCAGGCAUGUGUCGCUCCUAUUUCCAUGUCACCUGUGCACAGAGGGAGGGGCUCCUUUCGGAGGCCGCAGCAGAGGAGGAUAUUGCCGACCCGUUUUUUGCGUACUGCAAACAACACGCAGACCGCUUUGACAGGAAGUGGAAAAGGAAGAAUUAUCUGGCCUUACAGUCGUACUGCAAAGUCUCCCUGCAGGAGAGAGAGAAGCAGCUCACUCCGGAAGCCCAGGCCCGAAUCACUACCCGCCUGCAGCAGUACAGGGCAAAAGCAGAGCUGUCCAGGAACACCCGGCCUCAGGCGUGGGUGCCCCGGGAGAAGCUGCCGCGACCUCUGACCUCCAGUGCCUCAGCCAUCAGGAAGCUGAUGAGGAAAGCGGAGCUGAUGGGCAUCAGCACCGACAUUUUCCCCGUGGACACGUCCGAUGCCAACGCCAGCCUGGACGGACGCAGGAAGCACAAGCAGCCCGCCCUCACGGCAGACUUUGUCAACUAUUACCUGGAGCGGAACAUGCGAAUGAUCCAGAUCCAGGACAACAUCUCUGAACAGAAGAACUUAAAAGACAAGCUGGAGAGCGAGCAAGAAAAACUGCACGUGGAGUACAACAAGCUUUGCGAUUCCCUGAAGGAGCUGCUCAACGUGAAUGGAGAUCUGCGGAGUGAAGGCCAGGCCAUGUGGACUCUGCUGGGGGGCAUCCUGGGCCAGAAACUGAACACCCCAGCUGUUUUGAAAGCCCCAAAAGAGAGGAAGCCCAGCAAGAAGGAGGGAGGAUCCCCAGGGAAGUCAUCCAGCCUGCCAGCAAUCCUCUACAGUUGUGGCAUCUGUAAGAAGAACCAGGACCAACAUCUGCUGGUACUGUGUGACACCUGCAAGCUCUACUAUCACCUGGGCUGCCUGGAGCCACCACUCACACGCAUGCCCAAGAAGACCAAGAACAGCUACUGGCAAUGCUCCGAGUGUGACCAGGCCAGCAGCGAUGAGGCCGAUAUCGCCAUGGAGACGCUGCCAGACGGCACCAAAAGGUCCAGGAGGCAGAUCAAAGGACCGAUCAAAUUCAUCCCGCAAGAGAUGUCUCCGGAGCCCAAGAAACAUCAAGUGAGAGGCACGAGAACCAGAGGGCAGAAGAGGAAAAGGGUUCCCAUCUGUGAAGACAGAGAAGAUAAAAUCGAGGAACCAUUGCCACGGGAACGUCGGCAACGCCAGUCUGCAAUGCAGAAAAAACCCAAAGCCGACGACACGCGGACCGAGUGCACAACCUGCAGAGGACCGGGCGACAAUGAAAACCUUGUGAGGUUGUGAGAGCCGGGGCAGCCAGCUCACCUCCCGUAAAAACUCGGGACAGAUGACCGUUGGCUUAGAGACAGAGAGAGGCAAAUUGAAGCGUUUGAAGAAUGGCGCUCGAGUCAGGCUGAAGAUUGAGACCGUCACGCCGCCCCACAACCACCUCUGAUCCAAACUGGACCAAGAACUGUCCAACGAAAAAUUGAGCAGGACUGUCUGAAUCCAAAACAUGGAGUCAGUAAUUUUUGGUUAAUGUUGGACUCUUAACUGCUUUUACACACUAUGAGUAACUUGGUUGAUUAUUUUUGUGACCGAUUGUGGCUCUAGUUGCAUCUAUGCAAUUGUCUGCAUCUACAAAGUUUUGACCAUGUUUUUUAUACCAUUCAUGUAUUAAACCAUUGUGGCGGAUCACCACCUCACCUCUCUUGUGCUAGUUAGGUAGCAUUUCCCCAAAAUAAGUAAAAAAAGACAGUAGAGUUUCGCUUAGAGCGAACUGUUACAAAUUUAAUUUGUAAAGCAUUAAGUCAUUGCUACCUUUUUAAAGAUCCAAUGAAAUGGUGUCAUUCCUUCCUUAAUGUGAUGUAUUCCCUCUAGAAAUAAGAUGUUAGACAGUGAGGGAUAUAUCAACUAUGAAAAUCUGCUAUAUUUUAUACACUCUUAGAACUAAGGGGUUUAAAGAGGGUUCUUCCUAAGGGGUUAGGUUCUACCCAGGACCAUUUGCUUCUGAAGAACACCUGUUUGAAAAAAGUGUUUUUCAUGGGUUCUUUGAACGCUUUUCAUCCAAACAGCCAAUUUUGGAAGAAGUAGUUCUUCAAGGAUUAUUGAAAGCAUGAAUGCAAUGAUCCUUCCAGGCACACUUACCCCAAAACUGUGAUGUGAGCCGCUGUGCACCACAUCAGUCCCUGCUUAUAAUGAGCCUCAUGAAGAACACUGGGUGGGUUCUAGAUGAAAGCCUUGGAACAUAAACAGCUUCUUGACAGAACCCCUGGGUGGGUUUUAGAUGAAACCCCUGGAACAUAAAAGGCUUCUUGAUAGAACCCUCUUGGUCGGUUCUUGUUAGCACCCCUUUGAAGGUGGAAAAGUUCUAGAUAGAACCUCCAGAGAGGGUUCUUGGUGGAACCAUUACUCCAUAGAGGAGUUCUCUCUAGAACUUAUCAUAGGGGGUUCUGGGUGGAACCUUUUACAGAUGGUUUUAGGUAUAACCCUUUACAUUGUGUUCUAGGAGGAACCCUCUGACAAGUUUCCGGAUAGAACCUUUAUGAAAGUACUAACAGGACUCAUUUUUUUCUCCUAUUGGGACAAACUAACAAACCCUAUCUAGUUAGCACCUCUAUUUCCAAGAGUGUAAGGCAGGGUUCUUAGUUUUUUUUAUGUUAACAGUAUACCCACUAAAGGACCACUGAGACCACUGAAGAUGGACUGAUUACCACGAAGGAGCAGCUUUCUAUUCAGCUCAUUUCAUGGGAUCUUUAGGUCCCAUGAAAUGAGCUGAAUAGAAAGCUGAAGCAGAUGGCUUCUUGGUGGCUCACAUGGCAGAUGAGCUUCCCUCUUGGGAGAAAUGAGAGGAGGAUUCUUAGUUUCUUGGCCAUGUUGCUCACAGUGUGAACGAUCAAAAAGCUGUAACAGGCAGAAAACCUACUGGACUCAGUCGAUUUUUGCAUCUUCUGACUUCGGAGGCUUUUUGCAAAUAAUUCCUCUCUUUUUCUCUAGGUGCUUUUUUAGAUAUUUUACUCUUUUGACCUCUCAGUACCACCUCUCAUCAGUACGGAUCAGUAUUAUUGAUGAAGUCAUCACCCUGAGCAUUUCAGUGUGAAUUUGGUUGAUUACAGACACACUUGAACCCAGGCUCUCCCAGACUUGAAUGUUGUUUUGUGUUUUCUAUGUACAUAGAGGACAAGAAGUAUUAAGAAAAGUCAGUGUUGUGAAUAGAAAUGCCAACUGUUUCUGGUAAGUGAAUGCUACUAUAAAGCAUCUGUAGUAGAAUCAAACUAGUUUAGUUAGUGAUAAUAGCACUUAAACAUUAGUCUGAAUUUCCUUAUUGUCUAUAGGCAUUUAGGUCUUCCUCUGUCUCCAUAUCUUAAAGUGACAGUUGAACUGACACGUCCUCAGAAAGAAGCCCAGCUUUGUCUCCAUGUCCCUGGCGGCCCAUAGUCAAUGCUGUCAAAACAACAGCUGCUCUGUUGCUCUGUCAGGGCUCAUGACAAGUGUCACACUCUGCCCUCAUAUGUCACCCUGUUGCCCGUUCAGGGCCCUGUAUGCAUGCUCAAACACAUGCAGUUUACUGCUUUUUGCUUCUCUGGAGUUUGCCUGGACCUGACUCCACACUGGCUCCGUCUUUAGAGACUAGACCUCGGUGCAGAUCCACUUGCCGUCCCCCAACCAGUCCUUUCCCCUCACUCACGCUCAGUCAGUCUUAAAGACUGCGUGUCAGUUCUACAAUGCAUGGCUGUAUCUAUUUAUCCAGGUCUAUACAGUAAUUUUAAAAAAAUUAAGUGAUGUGGUCUUGUUGAAUUUGAAUGCCAGGUAGCUAAGUAAGUGUGACAAUGUGUACAGUAUUUAUUGAAGAGGCCAAGCAUACGUUUUUGUGCCUACAUACUUGAUUAUAUAUCAUAAGCUUGUGUUGUGAACAUAGUUGAACUCUGAUUUGUGACGUAGACUUGAAGCGACUACCAUUUUUUCUUUUGAUAGCCAAACGUUGGUUCACAUUUGUUUACGCCCAUGCUUUUAAGGGAAUAUUUCUAAUUAACUGUGUGCUGUAUUGUGAUACUGUACGGAGUAAGAAUGUGAAUGUUGCUGCUGUUGUGUAUAUGCAGUGUCUCAGCGUCUGGC